UUUGGAAUGCCAAAGCUAAAUCCAGAAACGGAAUGGAAUUACCCACAGCAGUCUCAUAGGUGAAGGUUAGAUCCAUGCAGCUUUGUUGGAACUGUGUCAUGGCGGUGUUGAGGCAUUUGUCUUCUUUUUCGUUAAUUUCUGUGGUGUACAACAUAAGAAAAUCGUCCACAUAUCUUAUUAUUUACCCGCUAUGCGUGUAUCUCAUAGGAACUCCUGGAUGGCUCGUCCACACAUGGCCAGAAGAAUAUCACAUAAAAGUGGAGCCACUUGUGAGCCAGUACACACUCCAUUCUUUUGCACGUACUGGUGUUCUUGAUGAGCUACUACAGUCACUGACAGGUAGAAUUGUAGGAUUUCCAAGAAAUUGCCUAAGCUCAUCCCUGCAUUAUUUUGGAAAGUGAAAAGGCCUCUUCGUUGGUGGUUUGAAUGACUUUUUAAAAUUGUUUAUUUAUUUAUUGGUGGAAAUGGCCGGCCGCCUGUGAAGGGGCCAUGGCAAAAGCAAUGAAAAGAUAACUGGAAGCAAGAAAAACAAACAACAAAACAUCGCAUAAGAGCAGAAUUAUGUACAACAAAGCAGACCCUAAGUAAACAUGGGUAGAUCUGUACACAUACAAAGGCAGAGCUACCCCGCAUAUGCACAAAAAAAAAAAAAAAAAUUGACCAAGAAACAUUAGUUGUAAAAUACAGGGGUACACAAUUUAUCCCAGCCAAUCUAAGAACUUGCGUCAUCAGUGACGAGUGACUGGAGGCCGUCUGAGAAUGCAACAGGGCAGUCUUCGUUUACCAGCUGUGACGGAAGCUUGUUCCAUUCAGUAACAGUGCGUGGAAAACAGCUAUACAUAUAAACAUCACUGUGACAGAAAAAUAAAUUAAACAUUCCACAUGGUGAAUGAUGUUGAUUGGGGCGAAGCUCUGGAGAUGCUUGUCUGCUUAGACGGUGAGCCGCAGCAUGCCGAGCCUUUCGUUCGUUUUCAUCCAUGUCAAGAAGAGAAUGUGCGGUAUGGAACGUGGUUAUAUACGCAUUUGACCGCAGUGCUCGUCUAUAAACGUUGAGCCAAUGCAUGCAAAGUUUAACACGAUUAUAUACUCAUUUGACUGCAGCACCCUCUCCUGUAUAGACGUUGAACGGCUACAUGCAACGUUUCAUCCAUGACAUCCCCAGCUCUUGAGUUACUACCACAUCUCAGAGCCCCCUACUCGUCCCGCAGUCGUGGCCGAGUGGUUAAGGCGAUGGACCAGAAAUCCAUUGGGGUCUCCCCACACAGGUUCGAAUCCUGUCGACUGUGCAAACAUUUUUUUUUUUUCAUCAUUUUUUUUUUUCCCUACACGAGCAUGUGAGCUCACGAGCACAAGCACCAGCAAGAUCGAUGUGAGCACGGACGCCGGACGGACAAAGCUAGACCCUAAGGAGCUUUGCCCCUAAAACUCGUCCAUCGUUUUGUCGUGCUUAUUUCUAGUUAGUCAGUUAGUGUUGACUAUAACAUACUCGCUUGACGACACACCGUUUGGGCUGUUGAUAAGGUUGUGAAAAAACUUUAGUCUGUUAAUUUUCCUUCGAGCAGCUAGCCAUGGCAAGCCGGAUAGCCGAUAGAGUUCAGUAAUGGAUGAUCGGCAACCGUUCCCUUUGUAGAUAAAUCGCAGUGCUUUCUUUUGUAUGUUUUCUAGUGCAUUGAUACAGACUUGCGACCUUGGAUCCCACACUGCGUCUGCAUACUUCAAAAUGGGACGGAUUAAACAUUUGUAAGCCGCCAGUUUAGUUGUAGAGGUGCAGUGGCGUAAGUCUACGAAGAGACCAUAACUUCCUUGAAUCCCUCGUGACUAAAUUGCUAAUAUGUGCAUUCCAGCUGAGGUUUGAGGUAACUGUUACCCCGAGGUAUUUGUAUUCUGUGACUUUUUGGAAGGGUAGAUCGUCAAUUGUGUAAAUAAAGGAAAGUAGCUGUUUCUUGUUAGUGACUGUCAUGUGGGCGCUCUUGGAAGCAUUCAGCACCAUUUGCCAAUGCUCACACCAUGAUGAUAUUUGUGAUAGGCAACUGUUAAGGUUAACUUGGUCAGCACGACACACAAUGUCUGUAAACAAAACGCAAUCAUCCGCGAAAAAUCAACACUACAGAUGGAUGAUUUAUUUCAAGAUUGUUUAUAAAAAUCAAGAACACAAGAGGCCCAAUCACUGACCCCUGCAGAACGCCGGAAACAACGCGUUUCUUUUGCGACUCACGUCCGUUGGUGCUUAUGAAUUGUGACUUGUAGGAGGCUUGUGUGUGGAAUAGAAUAGUACAUGUCUUGUACAUCUAUAGAGAACCCGGAGGCUAUGAGGGGCCCCUGUUCUUGAACAAAGGAUAUCACAUGUUCCGAGUUUUGUAUACGGAAAGGUUCAUCAAUUUGUACAUUGAAAAGUUGUUGGAUCAAAAACUUUGACACGCAGGCCUGCCAAGUGGUUCGUUCCGAGACAAUGGCCCGAAAAGGAACUCUUUCUUUAUGAGUCUUGGCUGAAAAAUCACUGAUAGUAAGUCGUUUUUUGCCGCUUUGAUCUUGGUCAUGAGACCGGCCUGUUGAGUUUCACCGAGCAAUCUGACGAUGGCUUGUUUUGCUGCCUUGGUACGGUGAUUGUCGACUGGAGCAAAAUUCUUGGUUAUAGCCUGGUAAGCUUUUUCUUUAUAUAGAAUAGAAUACAAUACAAUAGAAUAGUUUUAUUUCUAAUACAUACAUUUUCAAUAAGUACAAUGAUGAGCCGGUGUAAGCCUCAAGGGCUUGUGUACCUGGCUCGGCACAACAGGGGCUAGAGACCUCGGCCCAGUCAAACGCAAUACUCUUCAGGAUACCCUUCGAUAAAGAAUUAGCUCUAUCUCGCCAAAAUAAAGAACACCCUGCAAUGAGAAUGAUACCGUAUCGAAUGCAACUAACGUAAAAUACCGGGCAAGUGCUCACUCAAAAUAUAGAGAUAAUCACAAAAAAAAUGAGGGAUGGGCGCUUGUCCAAUCAUCAGUUUUACAUAUAAAUGUACUGUGCAUAUUUUCUUUUCUCCGGCGCGCCCUUCUCCAUUUCGCCCUGUUAUCCAGGCGAGGUGGCAGCAAUCUCAAAGGAGUGGCAGGGCGUGCGAUUGCAUUGACAACUUUUUUUAUGGCAAUGCAAUCAAAGGUACAGGAGCAUAUGCACUUGAAAUUGAUUACAGAUGUGCUCACAGACUCCUCUCCUCAGAAAUGCCAGUGUACGGCGGUUGGAGGUACCAAUGAGAGGACGCUGGCGGCAAUUUCUUUCCCAAGCUCCUAUGCCGGUUGCCGGCAAUAUAUCCACUCCCUUUUUCUUGUGGUAGUCCAACAAAGGUAUUUCUGUAACGCUGUGUUUAGAGCGCCAUACUGGUGGUUCUUCUGCCAAGUCUAACAGCGUUGCUUAACAAUGCUCCAUUCGCACAUUUAAGAAGGAUGCAAAGCCUGCCAUGCCUAAACUGAACUUGCUCCGUUGACUCGAAAUUUGUCGACUUUCCAAGUGGCUAAAGUUACAGAAGUGUGUUGCGAAGCACAAUUAAAGGGAAGCUGAAGAGGUUCUUGAAAAAAAGGAGCUAGAGGUGAAAUCUAAAGAAUUCUUAUCCCAUGGACCUGAAUAUCACAUUCAUUUUCCUCGGAAAUGUAACUAAACGCGUGAAAGCACGAAAAACAUCCGACCUGUCAUUAUGUCGUGCUAGGUUCUUUCGGCCGUCAAGCUCGUGUUACUCGUGUGGGCAGCGCGUCCAAUUUCAAUCUUGCCAGGCAUACUCCCUUGUGCUGACACCAGUCUUGACGUCUUUUUCUAACGUGUAUGAAAAUGUCAAGAGUGCGCUUGCAUGGCUUUGAUAGGCGCUGAAGAUGUGCGACAGUGGAGAUUCUGAAAAACUCCUAAUAUGAUGUAGCGCUCCGGGAAGGAGGGGCUUCAGUGGUACUUCGAAAAUGAUUUUCAGCAGCCUCCGUGUACCAAAUUGCAAAAUAAUUUCAAUAUUCGUGAUCCGGGAGGGAAAAUGAAGACGACUUAAAGGGGCACUAAAGUCGAUUCUGAGAUCAUCCUUUUGUGGUGGCAACCUAAUCUAGACGCUCUAAGCAUCCCAACAAACCCGAAAUCACAAUCGUGCAUAGCUAAUUUCCUCAGUAAAACCGUAUUCAAGGAUCGUGACACGCCCUUUUUGGAAAAAAUUUCCUUCCGAGUGAGCGGGUCGACAAAGGGUGGCGAUCAUAUUAUAGUAGCAUAAAAGGCAAUGCUUCUUUGAUGUGCAUAAUAUAUAAAUGUGAAACCAAUUUGUGUUAUACUUUAUGCUGAAAAAAUUAGUUUGUUAAAUGGUUCACUCACUGCUGUCAUUACGUAGUUCACCAGUUCUUCUGUUUUUCAUUUGCUUUCAGGUCCUGAGAAAGGAUUGACCCUGCUUUUGAUCAAACAAGUUCUUGUGGAAAUGCUGGGACAAACAGUUUGUCCUAUUGACCCACUGUCACCACUGAUAAGAAACAUAAUAAGCUGCAAAACCUGAAGCUGUACUUAGUGUGACCUUAUCAUUUUCAGAUUGCUGUCUGGCAUGUUUGUUUUUACGUUUUGCACCCCUUUGAUUUGAAGUGUGAACUCUCUUGGAAUGAGUUUGAAGGUCCUGAGAAAGGAUUGGCCUUGUUUUGGAUCAAACAAGUCCUUGUGGAACUGCUGUGACAAACAGUUUGUCAUAUUGACCCACCGUCACCACUGAUAAGAAACUUUAUGAAUUACAAAAUCUUAAGUUGUACUUAGCGUGAACUUGUCAUUUUCAGAUUGCUAGCUGGCAUAUUUGUUUUUACAUUCCACACCCCUUUGAUUUGAAGUGUGAAAUCCCUUGGGAAUGAGUUUAAAGGUACACAAAGCUGCAUGUUGGCCCCAUUCAGGUAUAUAGCAGUGGCAACUGUUGCUGCUUUAUUUUCUUCAGUGAGCUGUAGAGUGCAGCAGGUCUGCAUUUUUUAUUAGUGUACUGAAAAAGUUGCCAUAAUCUUUUUUUUUUGUUUUCAUUAUCCGAAUGAAGCAGCUACUUGAAAACAUUGUUUACUCGUCAUCUCUAUGGAAUCUUUUAUAAAGCAUUCAGAAACUGCCAAGUGCAGUUGGUGUACUUUGUCUUGCUUAAGGCAUUUUUAACUGAUUGAUCUAGUUCAAUCAAGUUUUACUUUGUUUUGACAUCUGUGCAUGACAUUUUAAGCUAGAGGGUGUUUUAGGAGACGCGCGCCAAAUCGCUAGUGUGAAAACGACGCAUCGCACAGAAGCCCGUGUUGAAUCGGUGCAAACCCAAGUCUUGUCCAGUUGCUGACGCAAGGGCCGUGCCCCAUUGUUGGCCUUCUUUAGAUGAUGCCGUCAGGUCAGCGCUAGGGCUUGGUUAUCUCUCCUAUCUAACUAGUUGGGCAUGGCGCUGUGGAAACCAUGGGAGAAAGAAAGAGGAAAGCUGCCUCUGUGCGAGUUUUGAGCGACGGACUAACCUCCGAGGGAGAGAAAAACGACGGGGUUUGCAAAAUAGGGUUCGGGUAAGAGUUCCUCCUUCCUUUCCUCUCUAACUUCUCGAGUUCUGCUCUCGCCCGUCUACUUUUGGCACAGCUGCGCGCCGCAUCUAGUGGGAUACAGCGUAGGUGGUGUUGAAUUGAGCCAGUAUGCGCAGGUGCCAGCAUCAAUGCUAUCACGAGAGCAAAGAUCUGCUCUUGCUGUCACUUUGCGAUGCAAGCUCUUAUCCUAAGGUGAAAGAUUCUAAUGUGCAAAUUACAUUGUUGGCAAGAACAAACUUAACUAUAUGGGUGCAUUUAAAGACACUAACAAAAUGAUCAUCAAAAUCCCGCAAUAUUUUUGAGAAGCAAUUGGGUACAGGAGUUGCAGUUUCAUAACCUAAUUGCUGGUUACUGAGGUGCUGUCGGGCAACGUUAGGGUUGGCGUCUUGUACCUGUAAAUUGGACUGGGAACCCGCUAUAGAUUGUCCUUGUCAGACAACAUUGACCAUCUGCUUAAAUCUUGAAACAAGCAAAGUGCAUCCACGUCACUCACCGGAAAAACCGAUGCAAGGCUUGGACGAACAUGAACACAUGAGAGAAGUGCCAUCACUCACUGCUAAUGAAAUGCAUCCCACCCAUUCAAUAAUGUGUGGCCGCACCAUCGAUGUCGACUCUGUUAAGCUUUCUCUGCCACUGUGCCUUUUCUUCAUUGACAGCUGCUCUGCUAUGGUCGUGCUGACAUAGCUACCGACAGGAUGCGGUAGAAGUUGUUAGUGUAGCUGGCACUGAACUCGUUUUUGCUUUGCAGGCGAUAACUCCAGCCAAGUGCAAGCUGUAUUACUAAAGCACUUGUAGGCAUACGCUGGAAAUGCGGGUUGUCUAAACCGCCAGCACAGUGGUCACAGUUGUAUGACACCAUUCCACGGCGUCGGUGGAACCUAUUUGCACUCCUGAGUGAAGUUUUCUGCACAGAUGUUUAAUUUUGAUGGAUUUUUAUAUUACCUGUUCUACAAGUGUGGUUAAUCUGCCUAUUGUUUGUGAGACAAACAAACAGCAAAAUUCCACCAGUGUUUGCAGAUGUCUCCUUCUGUUGACUACCCAGCUCCCUUCCGAGAUGGAUACAGGCUCUGCAGCGGCAAUCGGAGAACUCUGCAAACGUCCUGUGAAGCACACUAGGCAAUUCCCCCUUUUAGUAUAUGAGAGAGCACAAUCUCGCGUUAGAUGUCUGGUUCACAAUCUCUCAACAGCCCUGAGUUCCUCCAUGUCUUAUUCUACAACCUGGCUUUCUGCUUUCUUGUGCCUCUAUGGUUCUGACCUCUGUAUGUGAUUUUGAACUGACUGACAGAAUGGCACAUGUUUCUCACCAAACUGUUGAACAACGUUAUUGUGCUGUUUUCCUAAACAGUGCCAGAGAGGAUUCCGCCUGCUCCAAUAGACAGAAGUGAACACUCCGAGGACCGUGGAGGUUUGCCACCUUCCCAUCGUCAUCCAGAAAGACAGUCGACCUCCACCGUCGCAAUCAAAAAAGAGCAAGAUGAAGAGUCUGCCGUUUCAACCUCCGAGGCCUUGAGCUGUGGAGACACGGGGGACCUGCCCUCUACCCAUGGGCACCAGAAUAUGGGCCAAGCAACCACCAUUGGGAUGGAAACAGAGCCGAGCGACGUAACGCUCACUCCAGUGGGUGGAAGUCUCUGCUCCAAGGACCGCAGCAGCGCAUGUCUACAUCUGCUGAAUCAGGAGGGACACUGGAACACCAUUGGUACCAUGACGGAAGGGCAAGUUGAGUUGACUGCUCCUCAACUCGCUGAAGGCUCAUGCUCUGGAGAACCUGGUUGCAAGUCCCCACUGCAAGCACACGUGGGCGAGCAUGGGGAGCACAUCUCCAUGCGUAUCAGCCAAGAAGAAGACGAAGCGCACUCCCCUUUGUCCUGUGACGGCUCCGAUCAUGGAGAUUCUGACGGCCCGUCUACUUCGCAUGAGCCUGUGAAAAAAGCCCAGGGGGUCACCACUGUUGUGGAGCAAGAUAAUGAACAUGACGUAUCCCAAAAAGCGAACAACCUGAUGGCAACUAAAAACAAGGCCACGGCGAAUCGAAAGAGGACUCCCUCUCCCGACGUAAUGCAGGCCCAAGGUCUCUUGAAAGAGAUAAUGGACGAAGGCAGUACUGAUUCCCUUAAGUCGGAAAUUCUGCUUUUAAGGAAAGAAAACAAACGACUGAGGAAGGAGUUGAGGAAACGGAGAAAUGCAGACGAUUACCUGGAGCGUGCUGAAAGGAUACUGAAGGCAGCCACACCUUUCCAGACCCUCUGCAUUGCCCAGGCAGAGGACAUCAGUUUUGAUGGAAAUGACGCCGUGAUGCUGGAUGAGCCAGGCACUGGUACAGAAAGCAGCCAAGCGGUCAGCAUCAACGAGGGUCUGGACCUGCUAGACGAGCCACAACCAGACGGACCACAUGACGAGCCACUGGAACAGGAGCCACAAGGCAUGCCACGGGAGCCAGAGGAGCUAGAAGACGUGAAACAAGAGCCUCCACAAGACUGUAGCUCACGAGAACCCUCCCCACUAGAACAUCUCCGAGGAGAACACUCCCCACAGCAUUACCCCCCAAAAAAGCAGCCUCCAAAGUGCCAGUUUCGACACAAGAAACGUGACAAAAUGGUUGUGGAACUUGCGGCGGGAUCUGAAAUUUUUCUCCCCAAAUUGAGUCUCGCAGCAGUGAAACGAUCCAAGACUGCCACCAGUAUGGCACGGGCGCUGUUGACCACCAUUUUUACGAAAGAGGCGCUCCUUACCUGCUCCAUGAGGGGACACGGUACACAUGGGCUCUUCAGAAAUCAAGAUUUCACCCGUCCGGCUCUCGACCAGAGAGGAGUCGACGCCAUUAUAGAGUUCACAAUGAAGAACAGCUCACCAAGCAUGGGUGCAGACCCAGUGAAGCUGAUUAAGAGCCUUGGCACUCGCUUGAGCGAGCUCAGGGCGCAAGCGCAGAAGCAAGGUCAUUGCACGCCUUUAGUCUCUCUCGCCUUGGGAAUCACCCAAAUCCAGAAGUAGGCCCCUCUAGGUCAAGCGAUAAGUUUUACAUACAUUUUUGUUUUUCUGGUCUAUUUGUUUUACGUCAAUACUGACGACUUCCGUUAUGUCGCCACCGAUACCCGUCAGUCAGAACGCCUCAGCAUAGUUCAAGCUAUGCUCAAUACUUGCAGUAAGUGGGCGCCAUUGAGAACAUUCCGUGGCUCUAGCUCAGCGACGGCCAAGCUGUGGCUCGUGAGCCACAUGUGGCUCUUUCUUGUGCUAAAGUGCGGCCCUUAUGAUAACAAUAUCAUUAUGACCAAAAACUGAGCUUGUUUAUGCAAGAAUGCCCUUGAGCAACAAGCAAAAGGACGUAAAGUUAUUGUAAUUAAAGCCGUGGUUUGGGUCUUCAUUGUGAAAAAAAAAAAUAAAAUCCACGAUCAGAAAGGUUCGCAAAUCAGAGAUACGUGACCUGGAUCUUAAAUUUCGAUAGCUUAUUUGCUGCCUUUCCAUAUGGCAAGUGGAGACAGCGUGGUAUUUAUGCUCAAUUUAGCCCGAAAUAUUCUGUCAAAGAUCGAGGUACUAAAGGAAAUGCUGAGCUACACAUGCAGUUGAAAGACCUGUGAAUUAUAUAUAGUGGCUUACCUUGGUCUCGUCUAUUUUUCUUUUCUGAUGAAAGCAGUUCGCAGGCACCAAUUAGUUUAGUGAAACUAGAGCACUGUAAAACCAUGCUGCUUUUAUUAAGGUAAGCUGUGUCAUAGCUUUUAUGAAGCUAUGGUGCAGCGUGUAUCUACAAUAUAAUUCAGAUACAUGUGGAGAGCGACAAUAGUCCUGCCAUAUGUGUCAGUGUUGUAAUCAUUCCAAUUGAACGGCUCUCUGAUAAUUUUGCUUGCAACUCCUCGGCAAUAUGAGUCUAGCCACCUCUACCAAAUGCGGAAGCACAGAGUGUUGCCAUCUUUUUGUUGUUGUCAUCACAUAGGUAGUAAAGUCACAUUAUGAGUAGACAACAGAGUGUACUACAUGGUGGCGGUUUGUAGUGUGUGUGUGCGUUGGGGGAAAGAGUGUCAUUUCCGGCUAAGGAACAGAAUUUCAGUUGUUUGUUGACUCCUUCUACGUCGCUGAUUCAAAUGAACAAUGUGUAAAUUGUUCAGCACCAACAAGGUGUGGGUUAAAAUCUAGCUUAAAGAACAAUGUUUUGUAAUACAUUAUUAAAACUAACAAUCAAAACAGCAUGCUAAAUUAUUCACAAUCGGAAAGCAAAUGUUGGGCAGUGGUGGUUUAUCUUUAAAGGGAUGUGGAACAAAAAUUUUGAUUUUACAAAAGAAGGCCGGAGCGAAAGGCAAGACGCUACAGACCCCAUAACGUCACUCAUGCAGCGAUAUUUCGAACAGAUGGCCAUAUUUUUGGAAAAGGAGGACGCGACUGAACGAAGCCGACGAGGCCGACAAGACGUGCCACGUCGCGAUUCUCGUUCGCUCUCUUCGCUUCGUCCCCUCAAGGAGGAGAAAAGCCAGGCCGUUUUCUCUCACUCUCAACUGCUCUGAGAGAAGGCUACGUGACAUUCUUUGCUCAGUCACGCAUUUCUUUUCUAACAAUGUUGGGGAAUGUCGCAAUACAAGUGGCGUUUUGCGGUUCGUAGCAUCUCGUUGAGCGCUUCCGCUGCCUUAUUUUCUGAAAUUCAAAUUUUGGUUCAGCAUUUUCUUAAAGUAGUGCAAGCCAGUAUGACCACUUUCUCAGCCAAUCAAGUAAAAGCUAUGUCAGCACGUAUUGUUUCCUUUCUCUGGUUUACCAGAGAAAAUGAUUCCUUGGUGUAGAAGCAGCGUUCUGAAAAUUUACUGCAAAUGAAACCAGCACACAUGGCAUGUGAAUUCGAUGCCUGUGCUCAACAAAAUUCUAAGCAAAUUUUGCAUGUGACCUCUCAU